CACCUCUCGCCAUGCUUCCUGCUCAGGAGGCAGCCAAAAUCUACCACACCAACUAUGUGCGUAACGCCCGAGCCAUGGGGGUGCUCUGGAUCGUUUUCACCAUCACCUUCGCCGUCAUCACCGUGGUGGUGUUCAUCCAGCCCUACUGGAUCGGCGACAGCGUCAACACACCGCAGGCCGGAUACUUCGGCCUCUUCCACUACUGCAUCGGGAACGCGCUCACCUCGGAGCUCACCUGCAAAGGGAGCGCGCUGGACUUUGGCUCCAUCCCGUCCGGCGCCUUCAAGACGGCCAUGUUCUUCGUGGGGAUCUCCAUGCUGCUGGUGGUGGGCAGCAUCGUCUGCCUCAGCCUCUUCUUCUUCUGCAACGCGGGGAGCGUCUACAAGAUCUGUGCCUGGAUGCAGCUGGCUUCCAGUACGUGUAUGGUGAUCGGCUGCAUGAUCUAUCCUGACGGCUGGGAUUCGGAUGAGGUGAAGCGCAUGUGCGGCCAGCGGACUGACAAGUACACACUGGGCAACUGCACAGUGCGCUGGGCCUACAUCCUGGCCAUCAUCAGCAUCAUGGACUCCCUCAUCCUCUCCUUUUUGGCCUUCAGCCUGGGCAAUAGACAGGACAAGCUGCUGCCCGAAGACUUCCAGGUGGAGGAAAAAGGUGAGGGGAAGGAAUGCUUUUCCUUAAAUCUUAGCUGUGUGUAUGAUAACGCAUAG